AAAUGGGGUCUUGUAAUAGCUGCACAUCUUCAAAAUAUAUUUAGUCAAACAUUGAAUCAGAAUAAGAUAACAAAAAAAUUGAAAGAACAAAAUCUAAACUUAAUAAAGGUACAGGGACUUAUGAAAAGAGUAGAACUGAUUUGGAAGAUAAUUUAAUUGCUGAUGAGAAUAGUCUUGAAAACAGCUAACAAUUACCUUUAUUUAUUUAAUAAAGACAUGUAAUGGAAAUUGCUGUAUAAACAAGAGUAAAUAGAUUUAUGAAGGAUAUAGAAGAGGAAGUAAGAUAUCGAAUAAAAUAGAUGUAGUUUAUACAUGAUUACCUAGAUAAUAAGAAGAAAAAGAAUAAGAGAGGUCGUUUUAAGAUUGUAAACAAGAUUCUGUAGAUUUCAAUAGUGCACAUUUUAAUCAAUCUAUCUCAUUCUAAAAUACUUAAGAUUUUUAAAAUAUGCAAAAUAUACCUUCGAAAACUUAUCUACCUAGAUAAUAUUCACAAUUUGCACCUAAAAAAGAUACUGAUACUGUUACAUAUAAUUCUUAAAUAAGUUAUACGGUUAAUUCUUUCAAAUAAAAAACUCCAACAAAAGAUAAAAAUAAAACAAUUUAAACUUUGAAAGAAGAAGAUAAAAGCUAUUUGGCUAGCAUUGAAAGUCAAUAAAAUAAUACUCGCAAUUCAGAUUCUCAAGAAGUUUAGUUCAGUGAUCAUUUUCGUGAAUAAGCAUCAAGUAGUGCAAGUAAAGAACAUAGUGUGAAAAGCAUUUUAAAAACUAGCUAAAAUAUUUAAGGUAUAAAAAGAAUUCAUACUAUUAAAUCUACUUACACAAAUAAAAAAUAAAAAAAAGUUUCAUUCUCUGUUGAUACAAAUAAUUAUACAUCCAGAACUACGAAACGAAAUUAAACUAAUCUUUUAAAAAAAGCAUGA